GAAGAGGAGAAGCUACGAUACCUGGAAGCUGUAAUGAUAUAGCUUUGCAUGAUUCAGCGUUAAUACAUCGUAGGUUUCACUCUUGCAUCGUUUAACGAAUCUUCUGACAAUAGGCGAAGCAAUACCGAUAAGCGUCGGUCGUGUAUGUAGAUGCUCUAACUAAUCACUGAUUUAUAUUCCAAGAAUUGGCAGUGGCACUGACAUGGCAUCUGUUUACUGAACCGCUCCAUCUUCAGACGCUGCUAGCACCAAGCUUUGGUGUGCCCCCUUCCCAACGAAUGCGACUGAUCCACCGUCACCAUGGAAACAGAAACGGACGUUAUACCAAUCUGGCAGAAUAAGCCUCAUGGAUCCACUCGCAGCGUCGUGAGAAGAAUUGGUUCUACUCUUCCACUCAAACCUCCACAAAGAGCAUGCUUCCAGGAGCUACCGGGCCUGCCUCCUCUCCGGCCGAUGGAUGGUCCUAUGGUUCCUACCUUGGCAGACAUAGCCUGGAUUGUUGCAGAUGAAGAGGAGACAUAUGCCAGAGUGAGGAGUGAUUCGCGUCCCCUAAAACACGAGUGGCGGCCCACGCCUCUCCUGGUGCUGCACAGAAACUCGUCUGUGCCCAACUUCCGCCGUGAGGGCAAACGUAUGGAGGGGCUAAGGAAGCCCGGGGUGACAGCACUGAACCGGACCACAGCCCUGCAGGAUGAGCUCAGCAAACUACGCGCGCAGAUCGCCAAGAUUGUUGCAAACGAUUCUGGCUCCAACCCCCUCACCCCUGAUCUGCUCUCCCCGGAUGAUACCAGCAUGAGUUUCUCCAUGGCGCCUUUCGAGACGGCGCCCUACCAGCCGGCCGCCUCGGCCGCCGCUUCCUUCGUCAUCAGCGAUGUCACGGAAGAGGAGGAGGAGGAGGAGGAGGAAGAGGAAGAGGAGGAUGAAAAAGACGUAGUCUCUGUGGUUUCAGAGCUGGUCCCCGACCCUCUGCCGCCUGUUUCCAUGACGGCGUCGGCCACCUUUGAUCUGGACAGGCCCAGCAUGGACUUCCGGGAGGCAGAGGAGGAUACAGUGUCCCUGUCAAAGUCCACUAGUUUUGCAGAUGUUAUGGACAUCCUGAAAGACAUGAACCGCAUGAAGAUGAGCAAAGACAGGUACAAUAGAGGCUGCACGUCCCUCAGAGAGGAGGACUCGGCCACUCUGAUUUCAGAAGCUCUGAGGAAAAAGUUUGUCCUGAAGGAAGAAGAUGGCGCGACCUUGAAAAGGAAGUAGCCUCUCACACGUUAAUCGUCGAUACCCGAUCCUGCUGCUCCAUGUAAGUCAGGAGAGGGCAGCUCAGAAGUUUCUUUUAUAGCUUUUUUUAUAAUGAACCCUUGAUGGCAAGUGGUAGGUUAUCGUUUUCAGUGGCAGAAUGUUUUUGCUUAGUUUUUUUUUUUUUUUCUCUCUCUUCCUCAUUAUUUUUAGGCCUUUACCUGUGGAAUAUGUAUCCAUGGACCCACAACUUUGCUCCUCAGACCCAAGGCAAUAGAACAAGAAGACGUAUUUUCAUUCAGUUAAUUUAUGUUUAUUUAAGGGACUCGACAGGGACUUGGUUGACUUGAUUCUUAUGAUGAACAGUCACGUGUCUGGGGUGGCUUUUCAUCAGGCUCAGAGAGGAGGACUUGUGUAAAGUGUCCCUUUAAGAACCGUUUAUUAAUUUUGAUUUCAGGAGUCCUACGUGAGUUUUUCUUUUUCCUUUUUUUCUCACAGAUGCAAAUAAGUUUUUUUUUUCAGUCAUGUGAAGAAGUCCUCUAACAUACUUGAAAAUAUUUCAUGUACAGAGAAAAACCGCUCUUGUGUACAUGCAGAGAUGUACUGUAGCUUUUCACCGCGUGAGUGAGAGCAAUGACUUUGCAUCUUUGCAGUUUGCAGUCGAUUUGCAAUUAGUUUGCAAAUGUGUGCACAUCAUCGUCUACUUUAUGUCGCUCGCUCCCACGCACACCUUACGCCUGACCCUUUCAUUAAGAUUAACAGACUGAUAGAAGCGUGGGACUCUGACUUUAAGAAACCAAACCGAGAGGAGUGUGAAUACAUUUAUGAUAAAAGUUUGAAGAGUGAAGUAGGUGCGUGGUGUGUAAAAUCAAAGAACAUUAGAGUGAAAUGUUCGCCUACUGUUGUUUGACGCUGUAACGACAAGCUUGUACAGGUCUGUUUAUUUACAUAUCUCCCCGUGUGAUGUAGAAUGUGCUGCCUGGAAACCACCUGUACAACUUUCUUUUUGUUUUGUUUUUUGACUAAAAAUGUGAUUUUUCUUUGGGGUGAUACAACUGAGCUAUGUGUAUGCGGAGUAUUGAAGUAGCAUGGGUAAAAGAGUUUGGAUUAUAACCAUGAAUAUUCUCGUUGACGCCUUACCGCAGAUCUGUUGCCUGUUCAAACGCCUAAUUUUAUUCCUACAUUAUGUGCCAUGGGUUUGUUUUCUCAUUGCCUGCCCUCUGUUUCUCUUGACUGUGCAUCCACAACUAUACCCAAACAUUUGUUACAAAUAAGCCCCUCGUGUUACUUCUUCGAUAUUCACCAUCACAUUUAUGCUCAAACGACUGGGAGUCCUUUAGUGUAGUUUUGCUGUGAGAAAAGAUGCUGCUCAGCUGUUUGAAUUGAACAAGAACGUGUCCUUACCUGUGCCACUGCAGUCAAGUUAAAGUGUGCUAUGUCUUGUCGGAACUCACAAAUUCUUUUCCUCUUCUGUCAAAGCAAUAGAGUGCAGCCUAGUUAGCCAAGACAAAUACUAUAUGCAAGGAUGGCGAACACAUACACUACCAGUUGCCUCGCUAUUACUAAAGACAAGUAGAGGGGAAAUUUACCACCUUUGUUUUGCUCUAGUUUGAGAGUCAUCUUUGUACCUCUGUGUAGCAUUGAGCUCACCAUCACAUGUAACGUUUUGUUUCUUCUGUUUGUUCUGUCAUGUAAGGACUUGUAAAUAAAGAACGUGCUGAUGUUUUGAA